AUGGAAGCUGUGGAGGCUGGCGAGUUAGAAAACACGCAUGAAUCGGGUACAGCUGGGAUGCCUGCUUCUCGUGCCAAAAAUGCUGUGCGAAGCCCUCGGAGGUUCCCGGUGCCGAAAUCUCCGAAGAUACGGCUGGCCAGGGGCAGUCGGAAUCGCACGCCCAAGAAGAAUGGAACAGCUGUAGCUUCGGGGGCGGGACGCGUGCGGAUGACCACCGGUACUGACAGAGCAGUUGGUGCUGGGGAAAAGAAGGGACAGGCCCAGCCUGCUGCUGAUGAACUCACGACUCGGUCGGUGCAAGUCGGUGCUUCCCAGGACAAAGGCGUAUCGAGGAAGAAGGAGCGGGCUGAUGACAGUCGGGCUAUUGUGGCCUGUGACGAGCAGUUCCAAAGUGCAGCUGCUGGAUCCCAGGUCCACCGUCGUCGGCUUAUUCUGUCGGAUUCGGAGGAUGAAGCGGGGGAGGAGAUUUGUGUCGAACCCCCAACACUGAAGAUGAAGAGGAAAACGAUGAGGGGUGGUAGGAGGAGGUUGGUGAAGGCGGCAGUCAAAGGAGUGAGCAGGGAGGGGGAAGUGAGGGAUCGGCCUCAUGGUAGCCCGCCAGUUCAUGGGGAGGGCGAGGCUAGCCUGGUGGGUGCGAAAAAGAAAAAGAAAGAUCGGGAGGUGACAAAGAGGGGGCAUCAUCAACGACUCUCGGAGAUGGUGGCUGGGGAGGGUGAAUAUGAUUUGCCAAUUAAGGCAAGUUCUCUGCCGAGCCACACUAUGGAUGGAAUGGUGGCUAAAUCCCCCUCCAGUGCACUGGUGGAAUCGGCAGCCUCUUUGUCGGAGGAGGAGGAAAACUGCUUUGAGAUUAAAAGCCGAAGUCAGUCCUACGACAGUGGUGACUCUCGCUCCAUGCAUGGGAGGGUCCAGCAAGUCGUUGCUGCUUUUGAGUCAGGGGUGCUGCUCAAGGAUGAUGACGACGCUGGCCAUGGGAAACAAGCUAGUCCGAAGGAGGAGGAUGGGGUGAAGGUAGGCCAUGGGGUGGGGGUGGCGGUGGAGGCUGAUUCGGUGCUAGACGAAUAUGGCACAAAUUUCCAGCAACCAGCCUUGGUUAGCCAUAAGCGCCAAUUGGAGGAGGUGGAAGGGGAGAUGGGAGAUGACCCUUUGCCGAAAAGGCAGUUUGUGGAGGAUAACUCUGAAACGGUGGAGGAAGCCAGCCGAAAAUGGCCCCAGGCAGAUAAAUGA